AUGGCGUCCGCUGGAGACCCCGCCACCAGCCCACGCGACGCAGCAGACCAGAACUUCGACUACAUGUUCAAGCUCCUGCUCAUUGGCAACAGCAGCGUGGGCAAGACGUCCUUCCUGUUCCGCUACGCAGACGACUCCUUCACGCCCGCCUUCGUCAGCACCGUGGGCAUCGACUUCAAGGUCAAGACCGUCUACCGCCACGACAAGAGGAUCAAGCUGCAGAUAUGGGACACGGCGGGACAGGAACGCUACCGAACCAUCACCACGGCCUACUACCGGGGAGCCAUGGGCUUCCUGCUCAUGUACGACGUCGCCAACCAGGAGUCCUUCACCGCCGUGCAGGACUGGGCCACCCAGAUCAAGACCUACUCCUGGGACAACGCGCAGGUCCUCCUCGUGGGGAACAAGUGUGACCUGGAGGAUGAGCGUGUGGUGCUUGAGGAGGACGGCCGGAGGCUCGCCGAUGACCUCGGUUUCGAGUUCUUCGAGGCCAGUGCCAAGGAGAACAUCAACGUGAAGCAGGUCUUCGAGCGCCUGGUGGAUGUCAUCUGUGAGAAGAUGAACGAGUCCCUGGACCCCGGCUCCAGCCCCGGCAGCAAUGGCAAAGGCCCCACCCUGGGGGAUGCCCCACCUCCCCAGCCCAGCAGCUGUAGCUGCUAG